UCCUCGCUCCGACGCCGCCUCCGCACCAUCUCUUCGUCGGACCACCUGUACCUUCGUCUGCCCUCCGGCCUGAUCAAGUACGUAGCGCUCAAAGCUUUGAGGGGGAGCAACGUCGCUUCACUGGGCAAGUUUGGCAGUUUUGAUCUCGAGGAUCUAGAGGGUGUGCCCUAUGGCUGGACUUGGGAGAUUGGACCGCCAAAGGAGAGCAAUGAGAGCGAGACAGAGAGCAAAGGCGAUGAGGGAACGGCUGCCAAGACCAAUGCGACAAACGAGGACAUCUACGAUGACCCCUCACGCCCAUCCGACCCGGAAGCUGGCUCACGCCAUCUGACCAUGCUAGACAUCCAAGCACUGAAAUCCUCCGGGCUCGAGGGUCAGGCCCUCAUCGACAAUCUGACAAAAGCCAGCUCAAGCUUCGAGAAACGAACCGUCUUCUCUCAAGACAAGUUCGUGAGGCGCAAAGAAGCGAAACAUUUGCGCCUCUUCACGCCGAUCCCGCCUACCUUGGCUACCUUGGUCGAGUACAACUUUGGCACUCUUGCCUCUGGCGGCGCGACUGGUCAGCCGGACAAGGUCAGGGGGAUGAGGCUAGACACGGUCAGUCAGAUGUUGAGCUCAGCCAAUGUAGGCGCGGGAGGGAGAUACCUCGUAGUAGAUGGGACGAGCGGUGGGCUCCUCAUCGCCGCCUGCCUAGAGCGCAUGGGCGGGCGUGGCAGACUCAUCGCGGUGCACGACUACGAGGUCGCUCCGGAAUGGGAGAUGGUCAAGGCCAUGAAUCUCCCUCCCUCUAGCUACGCACCUGAAGUGCUCACUGGGGUGAACUGGGCUCAACUUGACCCUUCGGGGGAUGGGGAGGACGAAGAGUUCCCUGAGGUGCCGGAGCACCUAAGCUUGAGCGAGUACUCGAAGAGUAGCCCGGAGAAUGUGAAACUUCACCGCUUGAGGGAUAGGGAAAGGUCAAAGGCCCUCAAGAAAUAUGCGGCCGUAAGUGCUCUUCGCUCGUUGCGCGACGAAAUUCUACAGAGACCAGGAUCGUUCGAUGGGCUACUCGUCUCCUCCCCUCAUGACGCAUACUCUGUGCUCAGUACCCUUCUCCCCCUCCUGAAAGGGUCGGGAAGCUUUGUCCUGCAUAGUCCCUACAUGCAGCCAUUGGUUGAAACGCACGCCGCCUUGAGGGGUAGGGAGGAUGUGGUCAACGUCGGACUGAGUGAGCCGUGGAUCCGACGCUGGCAGGUUUUGCCGGGGAGGACGCACCCGGAGAUGAUGACUAGCAGUACGGGAGGGUACCUGUUGAGUGGCGUGAGGGUG